UCCGUGCUAUAGAGGCACUACAAUUGCGUUGCUAUAUUAGUUUUUCGUCUGUUGCUGAGCAGGGGAAAGAUGAAGUUGCUAUACAGCCUGACACUGUGGUUGCUGCUAGCCUUUGCCUUUGCACAGGCGCAUGCAACUGACGACCGCCAAGCGGAAAAGAGGCAACUGGAAGAGCUCCUACCCAAAAUAUGCAGCAUUUAUUAUGGAUUAUCCUCAUGCCCACGAGGAAUACCGGGAAAGGAUGGAGAGACUGGACCAAGAGGUGUGCCAGGUGACCCUGGCAGUAAAGGCCCUCCAGGAAAACUGGGUCCAGCUGGCCCAGCUGGCUCACCUGGCCCAGCUGGGAGCUCUGGACCUCCUGGACCAGUUGGUCCCCCUGGUAACAACGGCCUGAGAGGGCAACCAGGCAACACUGGUCCUCCUGGACCCCCUGGGAGUCCAGGCACUCCAGCUGCAACGAACCGCAUCUCCUGCAGAAACGUCUCCAACGCAGGUGCCACCACGAGUUGCCCCACAGGGCACAUAGCAGUAUCGUGUUCGUGUGGAAGCGCGUGUGGUUCGUGGGACAUCCCAAACGACAGCACGUGUCACUGCCAGUGCGGUGGGAUCGACUGGACAUCGGCACGGUGCUGUCAGCUGGCCUGACACUGAUCGGCAGUGAAGAUGGGAAACGAUCGUAGAGAAAGCAAACUAAAAUGAUCAACACGAAACAGAGAGAACACCACAAAGUUGAUUGGCAGUCGUAGACGUGCUUUGUUUUCUUAAACACAUUUUUCUAAUAUUAUUUUUUUAAAUUUCCCAUUAAACCAAAUGCUGCACAAAAAUAUGAAUGCAGAAAGUAUAUGUCUUCACUAAAUGGUGCAGAAAUGUAACGUUAGAAAUGAAUGGAUGUGAUUUCACGAAGGUACGUUGCCCAAAUUGUUUUGUGUGAUAUAUCGUGCAAGGAAAUGCACGUGAGGAAUGUGAGUUUUUGUGAUUUAAUGAUAUUUGUUUUUGCUUUCCAUUAGGACUACCCAGCUCUAAAGUGAAUUGCAGAUUCCAUGUCCCAUGUGUGUUUAUGAAUUUAAAAUAUAUUUACCAUGUGGUUUACCAAAAAAAUUAUUUAUCCAUAGCUCCAUUCAAAAUAUCUGGAUUUAUGUAAAUUUGAACGAACCAAUUCAGAGUAUAGUUGGGAUGAUGUUUAGUUGCUGUGCAGUAUUACACAGUCAUUUUGGUGUGGUAUUAUGGUACACAAAUGGUGUAUACUUUUAUCGAUGUAUCGCAGAACACAAUAAAUGGUUUGCUGAGUU